UAAAGUCUUUUGACGACAUACGAGUUCUUAUUGAUGUCGAUUAAAUACCUAGCCUCGGAAUGCUACCCUCCGCAACCCGCAGACCACUCAUCCGACAAUACGAGCCUAGAAAGGUCUUCGAAAGAAAAGUAUUCGCGAUGCUACAAUACUUGUAGAAUUUAAAAAGGCACAUAAAUCAUCUCGACCCUCUUGCUGGCGACCUAGUUGCUGUCUUCACUUCUCUUAAUCCCCGCCUAAAAUGCACUCAUUGCGAUCUGCGCUUCCUUGGCUUCUGGCCGCCGCGCCAUACCUCUCCAACGGCGCGUCUCUCCAGCAAAUAACAUCAGACUUCGGGCCCAACCCCCGGAACGUUGGUUUCUUCAUCUACGUGCCGGACCAGCUCGCCCCCAGGCCCCCGAUCCUCGUUAGCCCUCACUGGUGCCACGGCGACGCUCGAGCGUUUUACUCCGGAUCGCAGUACGCGACGCUGGCGAGCAAGCAUGGCUUCAUCGCCAUCUACCCCGACAGCCCGAACACGGCGGACAAGUGCUGGGAUGUAUCCUCCAACGAGACGCUGACGCAUGAUGCUGGCGGCGAUAGCCUCGGCAUUGCGAGUAUGGUGCGUUGGACGCUCGACAAGCAUGGCGGAGACCCGGGCCGUGUAUUCGUCACUGGCGUCUCUUCCGGCGCGAUGAUGACGAGCGUGUUGGUGGGCGCGUACCCCGACCUAUUUGCCGCGGGCUCCGCCUUCGCCGGUGUACCGUAUGGAUGCUUCGCCGGUAACGGGUAUGGGGUAUGGAGCGACGCGUGUGCCACCGGGAAAGUGAAGAAACCUGGCAUCGAGUGGGCCGCCAUGGUCAAGGCCGGGUAUCCGGGCUACGAGGGCUGGCGACCCAAAAUGCAGAUUUUCCAUGGCACAGAUGAUGAGGUACUGGAUUACGUGAACUUCGAGGAGGAGGUCAAGGAGUGGAAUGCUGUCUUUGGGUUUAGUGAGACGCCGACGAGCACGACGCUAGAUACUCCGGUAAAAGGGUGGACGAAGUCGGUGUAUGGGGAUAGUGAUUGGUUUCAGGCAUACAGUGCUGCGGGUGUUUCGCACAAUAUUCAGAACCAGGAGGCUACGGCGAUGGAAUGGUUUGAUUUGGCUUGCACGGGUGAGGAUUGUUUUAAAUGGGGACAAGGCGGUCCAGCAGCUACAUGAUUUAGCCCCUUAUAGAUACUAACAAUAUUGAGAGUCAAGGAAACACUCAUUGGAACUACUACAUCGAUCAUUUGGCGGCGCGCCGUACGGGAGAUCUAAUGACGAGAGAAGAGAAAGCCAAAUCCUCAAAUCAGGCAUAUGCUACCAAAUCAUAACUUCUCUCUAUCCCCCUAAUUACUCCUGCCCUUGGUCCCUCCAAGAGCUGAUUGCACUGACCCGCCUACACUACCGUCGGCAGUAAACUGUUUCCCAAUCAUGCCAUCCUUAUCCAAGGGGCCACCGACUUUCUGCGCCGAACCGCCAAUUGCACCGUC